UCUUAGCGCGAUGGCCGAUGAACCUGGGGAAGCUGAGAAAGCCGAUGAACCUGGGUUGUUAGAAAAAAUUGGACAGCCACGAUUCAGAUGUAUCAUGCUUGGCAAUAGAACACGGAGAUGCAGGAUUUUUUUAAAAACUAAACACACUUUCAAUGAGAACUUGAAUGACGACUGAAAGCCCUGCAGCGAGUAAUGAAACUGAAUCAAAUAUGUCAACUGGUAAUGCUUGUGGAUGUUUGCACGGAGGAAAAUGCGUGACAAAACUAGGCGAACAACUUUGCGCGUGUCCUACUGGCUUCGGCGGACGUCGUUGUGAUAAGUUAGAUAUUGAUUUUACACAAAAGUCAAAUGUAAAUUCAAACGUUGGAUUAGUGGCCGGUCUGGUGACCGGCGGAUUUAUACUAAUAGCAUUGAUAGUUGCUAGUUUGGUAAUAUGGAGGAGAUGGCGAAUGAUAAAGAAGAAACGAAAAUCACAAAAAAUACGUGAACGCAGUCAAAGCAGAGCGACAAUUGAAGGAUUUUCUACUGCGGAUGGUCACAAUCAUCACAGGAAUAUGAACAACGUAACGAACCAUAUAAACAUUUGUGAUGCACCAUCGCAGGAAUCGAACGAAAAAAAUGUCCAGUCCCAAUUUUGUAAAAAGACAGCAAGAAAGAUUUUACCGACCGGAUAUGAUUCGCAAUGUUUAGACAUUGGCGAAGCGAACACGCUACCGAGAACUUUUCUUUCGGUCGAUGCUGUAAGAAAAGAUGGAUUGCUGAAAACCGAAACUCUUCCUAGCCAUAACAAAACGGACACUCUAAUUUCCCUUCGUGAAACUAGUAAAAUAAGCGCAUCCGAUCAUGAUACAUUCGUCAUUCACAAGCCGCGUCGAAACGCUCAAAGUCAUCGUCUCCCGAUUCGAUAAUGAUAUUAUCUUUAUUGAAUAUUUUAUUGCCAAUUAUGGCUCAUGGACAAAGAGCGGAGCGUUCGAAAUAUGAUUCAUCCGUGAAUACAGGUUGAUAGUAUUUGAUGACGCUUCAACCCAAUGAAACAACAUAUUCACCUUUAUCAGAUUUUGUUGAGCGAUGUCUCGGUUUCAUUAUUUCUGCCAUCUUAAUUGUUGUGGUCGAGGUAUCGAGAUUGUUCUGAUUUAUACGCUUCCUCCUAUAAUAGUGUGCAUUAUUAAGAAGCAUGUUUUCGUGGCUUUAUCUUCUGACUGAAAGCGUUUUGUUGUUAUUUUUGGCUAUGUGAGGUUGACGAGGUUCAUACUUGAACUAAAAAAGAUUGUUGUAAAAACCGCGAGAUAUGAACGAAAUGACUAUUUUUUAUGCGGUGGAAAUGCUUGAAAAAAUAUUGUUUAUUUGAUUCUGAAAAGAUCGUUCAUGCGUUUCUACUUUCAUGGAAGCGCCACCUGCAAUGUUUUGAUGACAAAGGGCUUUUCACGGUGCAGUGCGGAGAAAGUUGUUUCGUAUUGGACAAUUCAAAUCCCAUUUUCCGAUCCCAUCAGACCAAUUGCUUUUGGAUAUUCAGUAUAGUUGAAAACGUAUGAUAUAUAUAUUUUUGUGUUCAAUCGGACACAUUGUUUUACCGCGAAUUUUGCUGUUUUCUAAAAAUGCCCGCUACAUGGGUGGUCUGGCGACUAAUUGGAGUGAACGAACGAGCACUUCAAAAUGCGUAUUUUAGGGGUACUGCUUACUUCAGGGGUCGGCAACCUUUUGUCGCUCGCGGGCCAAAAUUAAGGGUUGCAAGUCUUGGCGGGUCGCACAUAUUUUUAGAAAGUUAAAAAUCGUACGGAUGGGCAUCACAAUCCCAGAUUGUACUUCGUAAAGUUCAUUUUCAAAAAUAAUGAGUCGCACGCAUAUGUACUUCCAAACAUCAAUGGGAUUUUUUUUUGCAUGGUUUGUCUAACUUGGAUAAUGAUUUUCUUCAAGAAGCUACUUUUUAUAAAAAUCAAACAGUGACACAUCUCUCGAAUAGAAUAUGGAUUUUAUUUCCUCAUUGCAUUGGAUCUCAAGAUCUCAAAUAUUUUCUGCGCCUUUGAACCUUCUGCACUCAGCAUCAACUUUAUUGCGUGUUUGCAUUUGUCCAAUUAUAAGAAUUGUAGGCUCGUUAAUAGCACACUAAAUAGUUAGGUAAUAUUUAAUUUAAUCUACAUAUGUCUCACACUAAAUUCUGUUACUUAAAGAAUAUAAUCAACGUAUGUUACUCCGCGGGCCGGAUCUGACUCGCGGCCGUAGGUUGCCGACCCCUGGAUCACUUCAUGUUCUUACGUUUGUUUGUUGUUCUAUUUUUAUUUUCUGUUUGCAUGUUUUGCCGAUGUUACGUUAAAUUCGUUUUUAUCUUAAAUUGUACUGUAUCUGUUGGGUUUAUUGGACAUCUAUAAUCAACUUUGCAAAAAUGUUUUUUAUAAAAAUACUUUCAUUUUAGAAAUUCGACCAUGAGUUUCAAAUGUUACUAUGUUAAUUUUUCCUUAUCCCGGGGUGCUGUGGCUUUGGCUUAUUCCAGAAAACUGCAUUUUAAAAGCUAAGUUAUAUUGAAGCAAUUUCAUUGCAAUAGCGAGUUCUACGUAUGCUUUAUACUCGAUUUCAUUGAAAACUGCAUCACUUAACAUUAGCAUUUCAAGAUGUAAAAAUAUUAAGUAAAGAAUAAUGAUUUAAUGCGAUAUAAUGUAAUUUCUUGUAGCUUAUUUGUUUCAAUCAUAAUCAUUGUUAAAUUAAGUUAAAUAUAUUUAUUAAGACUGUAUACGUCUUGCAGCAUCAUGAAUAUCUAUCUCGUAAUACAAGAGGACCAAGAACAUAA